AGCCUGGUCGUCUCCAGGGAAACGGACAAGUGUCAACAGCAACAGUCCAAACAUUUAAAGAAAUAUCUUCAUAUCCAGGACAACGCUACUUUUUAUUAUCGGAUAGUUUUUCUUGUGACAUUCUGAAUGGAGAGUCUUAGAGGCUCAUCGGUUCAGCACCUGCAGGCUCUGUCUGCCUUGUUAUCAACUCAGCAGGAUGAUGAUGAUGAUGAUGAAGACUGUAAAAAUGUGACUGCUUGUGCAGGGCUGGGUCCUGGACACGUCGGCCCCCCACCCACAAAAGAUAAAGAAGUGUCAUCUGCCUAUGUGAAGAACAACAGCAAAGAUAUCUGGAGUGAGGAAGAGGUGUCUGAGGGCUCCCAGUAUGAUGAUCUUGCUGACCCGCGGCCACAGCCUGAGUAUGAAAUAAUCCUGAAGCAAAAUGUGGGAACAGAGGACCUGUUCUUGGGCUUGAACAGAAAGGACCCAUCCUCUAUGUGCUGUGAAGCCAUGCUGGUGAAAAUCAAACUACCAGACACUAAAGCAACAGAUGUGGUCCUGGAUGUGAAAGAAAAGUUCCUUGAUCUGCGGACGUUAAAAUAUAAACUGGGUCUUCAUCUCCCACAUCCGAUACACAGCCACCGGGGGAAGGCUCAGUUCUUCAGUGAGAGGGGGGAACUGGAGGUGACUCUACUAAUGAAACGCCCCAUGGAUUUUAUCAACAUGCAGUAAGAACGAAUGACUACAGCCAGCAAGUAUUCAAAAGACAGAGAGUAGUUGGAUAUUGAUUUCAUGCUAUUUUUACGCCUGUCUCCUCUGUUUAUGAGCAUUAAAAUCUGGUUUUCUUAUAAG